AUGGCCUUCACUCCCCGAGGUGGCCGUGGCGGCGGCGGCGGUCGUGGUGCGCCCAGAGGCGGUGCCCGUGGUGGUCGUGGCGGCUUCGGUGACCGUGGCGGCAGAGGCGGUGGCAGGGGCGGCGGCCGUGGUGGCUUCGGUGACCGUGGCGGUCGUGGUGGUUCUCGUGGUGCUCCUCGUGGCGGUCGUGGUGCUCCCCGCGGUGGUGCUCGCGGCGGCCGCGGCGGUGCGGCUGGCGGUGCCAGGGUCAUCAUUGAGCCCCACAGGCACUCGGGUGUCUUCGUUGCCCGUGGCAAGGAGGAUCUUCUUACCACCAAGAAUUUGACUCCCGGCGAGAGCGUCUACGGCGAGAAGCGCAUCCAAGUGCCCAACUCUGGCGCUGAGUCCGCCAACACGGAGAACGGCGAGCCUGCCCCCGCCACUUCCACCGAGUACCGUGUUUGGAACCCCUUCCGUUCGAAGUUGGCUGCCGGUAUCCUUGGUGGCAUGGAGAACAUCUACAUGAAGCCCGGUAGCAAGGUUCUAUACCUCGGUGCCGCCUCCGGUACCUCGGUUUCUCACGUCGCCGAUAUUGUUGGUCCUACCGGCACUGUCUACGCCGUCGAGUUCUCCCACCGUUCCGGUCGUGACCUGGUGAACAUGGCCACCCACCGCACCAACGUCAUUCCCAUUGUCGAGGACGCCCGUCACCCGCUCAAGUACCGCAUGCUUGUCUCCAUGGUUGACUGCAUCUUCGCCGAUGUUGCCCAGCCUGACCAAGCUCGUAUCGUUGGUUUGAACGCCCAUCUGUUCCUCAAGAACGGUGGUGGUGUUGUUGUGUCCAUCAAGGCCAACUGUAUCGACUCUACGGCCGCGCCCGAGGCCGUCUUCGCCCGCGAGGUCCAGAAGAUGCGCGAGGAGAGGCUGAAGCCCAAGGAGCAGCUCACUCUUGAGCCUUUCGAGAGAGACCACGCCAUGGUCUGCGCUGUCUACGCGCGCAGCGAGUAA